AUGUGUGAGCAGAAUUCAAACGCAAUGCUAGCUAUUUCAACUAGCCCCAUCAAUUCAAUAGUCCCUUUUGCUAGCGCGUUGUUGUAUAAAUAUGGUUCGUAUAACCCCUUUAAAGUGUUCGGGAUUACACACCUCGACGUUGCAAGAGGAAGAACACUCACUGGGAGCGCAUUACAAGUGAAUCCUACUAAAAUAUAUGUUCCAGUAAUAGGUGGUCACUCCGAUGAGACCAUUGUGCCUUUGUUUUCGAAUAUAUCACCAAAUUGCUGUAUGGACGACACUCAAACUCAUAUGUUGACAAAAUUUUUAAGAAAAUCUGGAACAGAAGUUGUCAAUAAGAAACUGGGGAACGACUCUGCAACUCUGGCAAUGGCUUGGUCAGUAAAUGAAUUUGUUGAUUGUAUCUUGGACGCGAUACGCGGCGCCGAAGUGAUGGUCAAUGCUUAUACUGCAAAUCCUCAUUUUGGAACGAAAUAUUUUUCGGGGCCAACUCUUGUUGGUUCAAAUGGCAUUAUACAACCAUGUUACGACUUUUCAAUGAAUGAUUAUGAACAUGCUCUUUUAAAUAACGCUCUUCCCAUUAUAAAUAGAGACGUUAUACAAGGUGAAGAAUAUGUUCAAAUAUUCGAAAGCAUUUCAAAGAAAAUAUAG